ACCAGUUGAGGGGUGAGAUUCCUAUGUCUCUCACAAAGCUGAAUUUUCUCUCAUUCUUGAACCUUUCACAAAACCAUCUCGAGGGAAUGAUACCUAAAGGUCAACAGUUUGAUACAUUUGGAAAUGAAUCCUAUGUAGGAAAUACAAUGUUAUGUGGAUUACCAUUGUCUAAAUCAUGCAAAAAUGAUGAAGAUCGGCCACCACUUUCAACAUCUGAAGAUGAAGAGGAAUCAGGAUUUGGUUGGAAAGCAGUAGCAAUAGGAUAUGUCUGUGGGGCAAUAUCUGGGUUGCUGUUGGGUCAUAAUGUAUUCUUCUUUGGGAAACCAGUAUGGCUUGCAAGAGCAAGACUUGUUGAACAAAUGUUUAACUUGAGACUGAAGAGAACAAACAACCGAGCCGGUGCAAAUCGCAGAAGAAUGAAUUAAUUGGAUGUUGGUCUUUUAUAAUAUAUAGAUAUGUUUGUUUGUAAUUUCAA